AUUACUGAAACUCGAUCACUCUUCUGAAACGAGAAGGUGAAGAGAGUUAGAGAAAUGGAAGAAGCUAAGGCCUUAGCUCAACACCAGCACCAGCACCAGCACCAGCAACAACUUCUCUUACAACACCAGCAACAGCAAGCUCAACAACAACAACAACAACACCAACACCAACACCAACAACAACAUCAAAACCAACAUCAACAACAACAACAACAACAAUUUCUUCUCUUACAACAACUUCAACAACAAGCUGCCAUCUCUCGCUUCCCUUCUAACAUCGAUGCCCAUCUUCGCCCACCUGGCCUCCACCGACCCAUUACUCUCCAACCACAGAACCCUAACCCUAAUUCUAACCCUAAUACUAACCCUAACCCUAAUCCCAAUCUUAAUGCCAAUGCUAAUUCUAAUUUGCAGCAACCGAGUCAGCAAAAUUCACAACAGCCACAACAACAGCAACAGCAACAGCAACAGCAACAGCAACAGCAACAGCAACAGCAACAGCAACAGCAGCAACAACAGCAACAACAGAAAGGGAUGCGGCCGUUGAACCAAAUGGAGCUCCAGAUGGCUUACCAGGACGCCUGGCGGGUCUGCCACCCGGAUUUCAAGCGCCCAUUCACAUCGCUUGAAGAUGCUUGUGAGAGGCUACUACCUUAUCAUGUGGUAGCAGACUAUGAAGCAGAGGAAGAUGAUAGAAUCCUUGACUCUGACACAACAGGCCAAAUGCCUUCUCGCUCCCAGCAGUGGGAUAACAACAUUGCUGCCAAAGUUGCAGAGUUCACAGGAACAUUUGAGAAACAGGCCCUUGCUUUCAACAUAAUAACCCGCAAGCGAGCUGUAGGUGAAUUUCGAUCUGAGGAGAGGUUGAUGAUUGAGCAGGCUCUUCUCCAAGAGGAGAGAAGAGCCAUACUGGAACUGAGGGCAGAAAUAGAGACAAGAGAGAAGGCUGGUAGAGAGGCUCAUGAGGCUAGGUUGCGAAUGGCUGCCAUGGUUCAAGCUGAGCAAGCUCGAGUUGAGUCUCAUGCUUGUGAUGAAAUGAUGACUCGAGCACCAAUAAGGGCAAGUGCACUUGGUUCUCAAGUCAAUAAUGUUUCAAUUGGCCAUGAUAUGGGAGAUCAGGAACAAGGUGUUAACCCAGAUGAAAUGAUGAAUGGAUGGGGAAACAAUGCACACAGAGAUGAGAAGGAGCCAUCUGAAGAUUUCUUAAAUGAUGAGGAAACUGAAAAUGGGGAGACGGGCAUGCAGGAUGAGUGGCGUGAAGUGGGGAAUUUUGAUUUGAACUCUAGAUGAACCAUGGAAGUAGCAUAGUGGCUGGAAUUCUUAACAGUGAGUAGGGAACAAUCUCCAUGACAUUGGAAAUUUCAAUGGCGUGAGCCUUAAGUUAAAGUUGGUAGAUAAAUGUCUAAUUUUUUUUCCCCUUCUAUGAGACAGACAAAACAUAUAAAUCUAUGUAAAGUGGCAAUUGUAGGUUGAAUAUUAUUUAUAUUAAUGGUCUGUUUAGCUUCAAA